UCAAAAUUUGAUCUAUCUGCACCAACACGAGAAAUUGAAAGUUACUAAAUGUUUUGUUAUUUGUUGACAUUUCUAACCUAACUUUGUCGGUUUUGUGAAAAAAUCGAAUUUUGCGUUAUUAAUCCGCAACAAUGGUGGAUGAAGAAGACCCAAAAGAGUACCGAUGGGAGACCGGAUACGAAAAAACAUGGGAAGCUAUAAAGGAAGACGACGAUGGAUUUCUCGAAGCUUCCGUUUCAGAAAUUAUCCAAAGGGCUAAACGAAAAAGACAGUCACAGAAGCAGGGCAGUUCCAAGCUAGGAAUGAUGAGACAUUUAUUCAUGAUUGUUGAUUGUUCUGAGUCCAUGUCGAGUCAAGAUCUCAAGCCCACCCGCCUUCUCUGCACCAUCAAAUUGUUGGAAAACUUCAUUGAAGAGUUUUUUGACCAAAACCCCAUCAGCCAACUCGGAAUCAUCAUAAUGCACAACAAACGGGCUGAAAAAAUCAGUGAUUUAGCCGGAAACGCCCGGAAGCACAUCAAAGCCGUGCAAAACCUUAAACAGACUUCGCUUGUGGGCGAACCAUCACUGCAAAACAGCAUUGAGAUGGCUUUCAGAGCUUUGAAAUUAUUACCAUCGCAUGCAAGCAGAGAGAUUUUGGUGAUAAUGGGAAGCUUAACCACUUGUGACCCGGGGGAUAUCACUACAACGAUUCAGGUGAUGUUGAAGACAGAAGGGGUCAGGUGUUCAGUUAUAGGCUUGGCAGCUGAGGUCUACGUCUGUAGACAAUUAGCGAAUCAAACGGGUGGAUUGUACAACGUUAUUUUGGACGAUUGCCAUUUUAAAGAUUUGCUGUAUCAGCAAGUGGAUCCGCCCCCGGCAGCACAAACACUCGAAUCGAAUUUAAUUAAAAUGGGUUUUCCGCAUCAGAUGUCUGUCGAGGGCACGGAAGAGCCCUUGACGAUGUGUAUGUGCCACGUGGACAGUGUCGAUGAAGGAAGUAAAUUAAACACUGGGGGUUAUUACUGCCCCCAGUGCUACAGCAAAUAUUGCGAGUUGCCGGUCGAAUGUCGUGCUUGUGGUUUAACUUUAGUUUCAGCCCCACAUUUGGCACGAUCUUACCACCAUUUAUUUCCAGCUGCUAAUUACACUGAAGUGGUUUACGACAACCAAACUCCUAUUUGUUUCGCUUGUCAAAAAAAUUUCACUGAAAAUGAGAAACAGGUGUACCAAUGCCCGAAUUGUGCAAAAAUAUUUUGUAUCAAUUGCGACAUUUUCGUCCACGAUAUUUUACAUACUUGUCCAGGAUGUGCAACAAACUUAUCAACGUUUCAAAUUGCUCAUACCAGUCAAUAAAAUGACAUUAAUUUAUUAAACAAAUAGAAAAAAUUACAUUGUUACAAUUUUUAUAAUAAUAAAUUAGUUUUUACUUUA